AUGGUGCCCACCCGCAGCCAGCAAAGGCCAGAUGGACCUCGCUUGAUCUAUGUGACCCGCUUCGCCUCGCACCGCCAUGGCGUGUGGCAGUUGAGGGGCCUCCGAGGUUUCGGCCAUCGAGGCCCAGGGCUCGGGGCCCACUGCGCCCUAAAGCAAGCAGCGGAGGAGCCCGGGCUCCCGGGAGGAGAGCGGCCCACCGGCUCCCAGGCCGGGGUCACCGACACCCCGGAUUCAGCCUCUUUCCAGCGGAGGUCGAGAGAGCCCAGGGGCCGGGGACAAGCAGCGCGAGCAGGUUUAAACCAGAAAAAUGCAGCUAAAGAGUUUGAUUUCCCCAUACCACUGAAUGAAGCCUCCAAACUACUGAAGGAGAGGAAAAAGGCCUCCGUGUGGAACAAAGUACACCAAAUGAUUUCCAGAAUGAUUGCAGAAAAUGAAAAAUACAGACACAGACUGAAGUGCCAAAAUUUAUCUAGUGAAAUUCGAGUUACUACAAGAUGA